AUGUAUAAAGACAGAGAUAGGUUUAUUAUAUUCGACAUUGAUGGCACUUUAUACAAAGAGAAUCAUGAAAUUAUAACAGCCAGAAGAAUGGCAGGCUAUAAGCAUCUUGAGACUGAUAUAAAAAUGUCAUUUGAAGAAUACGAUAAAUUAAGCACAAUGUAUACGCAUAUGUAUGGGCUUCAUUAUAAGGGAUUUCUUAAAGAUUUUCCAAUCAGUGAUAAUCUUUAUAAAGGCAUGGAUAAUGUCAAUGAAGACAUGACUUCUUUAUUAUCAAGCAAUGACAAAUUAAUCGAUUUUCUAAGAGAAAUUACAGGCAAAGGUUAUCAAAGACAGAAUAAUAUCCCUAUUUUUUGUUUUACAAAUACCAAUAGUAAACAAUCAGAACAUGUUUUAGAUGUGUUGAAAUUGACACCAUACAUUGAUACAUUAUUUUGUGUAGGAUAUAAAAAAAAUAAAGAAGUUAUUUGUAAACCUUCAGUUGAAGCAUUUGAAUUUGUCAACCAAGUUAUUAAAAAGUCGGAUUUGACAAAAAUUUUAUUUUUUGAUGAUAAUAUUAAAAACAUUGAAAGUGCAAAAAAGGUUGGUUGGAUUGGUGUUCUUGUGAAUGAUGCAGAUAAUAUUAUUAAUAUUGUAAAAAAAGAAAUCAAAAAACAUUUUUAA